UUAACUCCACACCCAUUAACUAGUGGUUAUCACUUGGGUGUACGCGACGCGCGUCACUCCUACCCUAUCGUUAUCGAUUUUGCUAAAUCGGCGUCGUAGUGCACCAACGCCGGAUGUCAACAGAUCAUUCCCGGUCAUUUCCCGAUAUAAAAUGGUCCAGUAACUGUGAAUAACGUUGAACAACAUCAGCAUCAUGACGUCGUCGUUGAAAAACGUCGAAACCAAUCAACUAACAACACCGCAAACGCCCGUUUUAACGGUUGCCUGUCGGAUAUUACGGUCACCAUCCCAUGAAUCCGUCACCACAGAUCUCUCGUUAUUUUCUGUUUCCUCGGCGGCUUCUGAAGCCCAUGGAAGAAGACUUUUAGCGUUUAAUAAGGAUGGGCAAUUUGGACGAGGACAUAGUCCUAAUCCAGAUAGUAGACAUCAAUCAAAUACGAGACCUGCUGAUAUACCUGAAAUAUUAUGGUUUGAAGAAGAAACUGAUUUAAUAAAAAGUUGUGCUGCAUUAUCGUCGGCUUUGGGUCUUCAAAAAAGUUUUAGUACCAGCGAUAUAACUCAAUUACCAUCACCCGAAGAUGCACCAAUCCUUCCAGCUUUUCGUUGUGCGGUUUCCGAGUUAGCUUUAAACACUCUUCAAAGAUCCGGGUUUCUUUUAGAACAUGGGAGAUUGGAUCAUACAUCAAGAUCUUGUUCUACCUGGGUUGCUGUUGGAGAUGUCGCCUCGACUUCUCAACUUCCAUCACCUCACGGUGGACAUUCCAAUUCGAAUGUAGCACCUCCAGCUAGCACACCACCACCGCCAACAUUCACCGCAGCCGAUUUUAUUCGAUCGGUUAAUAAAAAGGUUCGUCAAAAUUAUAUAAGGAGACGUUUAUUAACAACAUAUAAAGCUCUCGAGAGAUUAUCACAAAGUGAAUUUAACUUGGAUAGAAUAGAAGUAACCCCAUCAACAGCGACUGCAAGCAUAAGUACAGAUUGUACCACAACUGGAACAACAAGAUUAACAGUUCCAGGUGUUAGCACAACCGGAAAUGCACAACCAUCAAAGCCAAUUAAUAGUACAAACGCAGCCGUUUUAAGAGUGGCCAAACAAAGAGCGACAAAUAAUCUUCCCUUAACGUUGAGAGAUGUUGAAAGAGAAAGGGGAAAACCACUUUCAAAAUAUGAAAGAAAUAUGAUGAUUUUUAAUUGGUUACAUACUUUAGAUGAUACGGCUAUUGUUGAAGGCAUUCAAUAAAAAUAUUUGGUGGGAUUAUCAACAAAAAGUAAUAAUUAUUAUAACUUAAUUAUUCAUAAGAAAUCAUAUAUCUCUCUUUACAUAUUAAACAAUAGUUAAUUCAUAAUUCAAGUUUCAAUGUUUGUUUAUAUUGUUGGAUGUGAUUCCGUUUUUUUGUUGGAAAUAUAAAUCUAAUAUAAACUGAUUAAACAUUU